AUGUUUUCUUCAAAGUAUGCUCUGUUUUACUUUAGGGAACUGCCCAACAAAGACGUGUCAAACUGCUGUGUUGGACAUCCUUUGUCCACUAAAGUUGGCGUUAAGCAAGCAAUAUCAGGUCUUGCAGCGUCGAUAAUAUUGCUAUCUCACACAAAUCUGCUUGCAAAUGCUGCUGAGGAUAACAGGUUAAAUCUUGCUUCGGACAAUGGAGAAAAAAAUGGAAUGCUGAUGGCAAUGAGAGGCAUGACAGUGAACAACUUUGAUCCAGCCAGGUAUGCUGGAAGAUGGUUUGAAGUGGCUUCCCUUAAACGAGGUUUUGCUGGCCAAGGCCAAGAAGAUUGCCACUGCACUCAGGGAAUUUAUACGUAUGAUCAAGAAACACCUGCAAUCCAGGUUGAUACGUUUUGUGUUCAUGGAGGACCAACUGGUUAUAUCACAGGUAUAAGGGGAAAGGUUCAGUGCCUUUCUGUGGAAGAUAAGGGGAAAGACGAAACUGACCUUGAAAGGCAGGAGAUGAUUAAGGAGAAGUGUUACCUUCGUUUUCCUACUUUGCCGUUCAUACCCAAAGAGCCUUAUGAUGUGAUCGCAACUGAUUAUGACAAUUUUGCCCUUGUUUCUGGAGCAAAGGAUACAAGUUUUGUACAGAUAUACUCAAGAACGCCCAACCCAGGACCAGAAUUCAUCGAGAAGUACAAAUCAUAUUUGGCAAAUUUUGGUUAUGAUCCCACCAAAAUCAAUGAUACUCCACAGGACUGUGAGGUGAUGUCGAACAGUAAGCUCGAAGCAAUGAUGUCCAUGUCUGGUAUGCAACGAGCUCUCACAAAUCAGUUUCCUGAUCUUGAACUAAAAUCACCACUCGAGCUUAAUCCAUUUACAAGUGUUUUCGAUACUUUUAAGAAACUUGUCGAGCUUUACUUCAAGCAGUGA